UCUGUGUACUACAUGUGGGAAGAGUUUCAAAACCAACAUAGAACUCACUGUCCACAAGAGAACACAUUCUGGAGAAAAGCCAUAUCAGUGUUCAGAUUGUGGAAGGGCUUUUGCUCAGUUGUAUAGUCUGAAGAUACACCAGAUGAUCCAUACUGGGGAAAAUCCAUAUCUGUGUGAUACAUGUGGGAAGAGUUUCAAAAACAAAAAAGAACUCAUUGUCCACAAGAGAACACAUUCUGGGGAAAAGCCAUAUCAGUGUACUACAUGUGGAAAGACUUUUACUCGAUUGUGCAAUCUAAAGACACACCAGAUGAUCCAUACUGGGGGAAAGCCAUAUCAGUGUACUACAUGUGGAAAGAGUUUCAGAAUCUCCUACCUACAUCACCAACCAAUCCACACUGGGAAAAAGUCAUAUCAGUGUACUACAUGUGAGAAGAGUUUUAACACCAGCACAGGUCUCACUGUCCACAAGAGAAUACAUUCUGGAGAAAAGCCAUAUCAGUGUUCAGAUUGUGGACAUGCUUUUACUCAAUUGGGGCAUCUGAAGUCACACCAGAAAAUCCAUACAGGGGAAAAGCCAUAUCAGUGUUCAGAUUGUGGACAUGCUUUUACUCAAUUGGGGCAUCUGAAGACACACCAGAGGAUCCAUACUGGGGAAAAGCCAUAUCUGUGUACUACAUGUGGGAAGAGUUUCAAAAUCAGCAGAGAACUCACUAUCCAUAAGAGAAUACAUUCUGGAGAAAAGCCAUAUCACUGCUCAGAGUGUGGAAAGACUUUUAGCCAGAUCAGUUCUCUUAAAACACACCAGAGGAUCCACACUGGGGAAAAGCCAUAUCAGUGUACUAUAUGUAAGAAGGGUUUCAAAACCAGUGGGGAACUCACUCUUCAUAAGAGAAUGCAUUCUGGAGAAAAGCCAUAUCACUGCUCAGAGUGUGGAAAGACUUUUAGCCAGAUCAGUUCUCUUAAAAAACACCAGAUGAUACACACUAGGGAAAAGCCAUACCAGUGUACUACAUGUGGGAAAAGUUUCAGAACCAGUGAAAAGCUCACUAACCAUAUGAGAAUACAUUCUGGAGAAAAGCCUUAUCAAUGCUCAGAGUGUGGAAAGACUUUCAGUCAGACCGGUUAUCUUAAAAAACAUCAGAGGAUCCACACUGGGGAAAAGCCAUAUCAGUGUUCAGAAUGUGAAAUGACUUUUGCUCACUUAAUAAGUCUAAAGUCACACCAGAUGAUCCAUACUGGGCAGCGCUAUGUGUGUUCAGAGUGUGGUAAGACCUUUACUAGUGUGAGUAAUCUCAAGACACACCAGAAGAUCCACACUGGGGAAAAGUCAUAUCAGUGUUCUACAUGUGGAAGGGCUUUUACUUGUGUGAGUAAUCUCAAGAGACACCAGAUGGUCCAUACUGGGGAUAAGCCAUAA